GUUCCGACCAUCUGGAUGACAGAUACACAGUGGGUGUGGUUCUUUACUAACUUCUUGGUUCACUAAUGACUGCCACGCUAUACUGCAACAGAUGCAAAAUUGUCUACGUCGUAUGUGUUUGGACGGGUGUUGUGGUAUUUGCGAUGCUGUGGGUCAUCAUCAUCACUCGGUUGCAUGCGAUGUAUCAAGGAUCCAGAAAGAUCCUGAUGUUUCUCAUUGUCACCUUCCUGGCUGUCAACACUCUCGAUGCAGUGGUCGCCAUAAUGACAACGAUGCAUACUUCAGGGGAGGAACUCAUUCUCUACGGUACUUAUCGGUGCCAGAUUAACUAUACGGAAGAUGUCGUAUUUAUAAUUGCCAUUGCUUGGAUACUCACCACCGUGUGGGAGGCCAUCGCACUAUGUCUCGCAGCCCGGAUUGUGGUGAAACACUUCCGUGAAUUGCGAAAACAUUCGACAGGAGGGAUUAUCGAGGACUGUUUCACGGUGUUGAUGAAAACUCACGUCGUUUACUUUGCGAGCUUUGUUACUGUUUCUUGCUUCCAGCUCAUUCUUGGUUUCUAUCCAACAUUCAUCACAAGCAAUUCCCUGCCCUCUCAGAUUAUUUCUGGGUUUCUUCAGAUUUCGCAGGUCGUGCAGCUGUCUGUGUUGGGACCGCGCCUGAUCCUUGGUGUUCGAGAAUACCACGCUAAGCUCGUGGCCGAUUCUGACGUAGCAACUGGUAUGACCUCAAUCGCUUUCCAGGAGCGAGUGGAAAUAUCGACUGGAAGUGGUGUGUGA